AUGACUAGCGUGCUGGCAGCUGCGAACCGCGACACAACAGCAUGCCGAGAUAACGACCGAAAAGCAGAGCGCAAAAAAACCCAGAACCGGAUUGCGCAGAGAAAUUACCGUAUCAACCAGAAGAAAAAAAUGCGAGCACUCGAGGCAGCCGUGAGCCGAACGACGAUGAGCUGGAACCUAGAAGAGACUGCAGCGCAACCACUGCUCGCAGGCCUUGGUAGCUCCCCAUUGCCAUUGACAACACUACCUCUAGCCGCCCUGGCAGCUGCGAUAGAAGAGAAAGAUUCCGGGCCCAUCUUGGCUCCUCCCGAUAGCUUGCUAGAUGUCUACACAUGGACCAACGACACAGACUCGUCUAUUCAGCACGAGCUGGAAGGUGCAGCACACCAGCCUUCCCUAACUCAGACGCCGCUUCACGUUGCCCUGAGAGCCCAAAACGAGCCUAUUGUCAGACUGUUGAUGGAGAAAGGCGCUGAUCUGACCAAGACAGACGAUGAUGGGCUAACCGCCCUUCACAUCGCGGCGCAGUGCUGCAAAGCUCCUUUGCUACAACUAAUUAUAUGCAAUCUCACUGACAUGAACACGCAAGACGCCAAUGGCCAAACAGCACUGUUCUACGCGGUGAAGGCGGGAAGCGAGGAUAAAGUCAGAUUACUCGCGAGCUCACAUAUAGACAUGAACCUGAAGGAUGUUUGGGGUCGUACGGCACUUCAUCACGUAGCGGAGAGUGGCUCAAAGUCCAUGGCGGAACUAUUACUAGAGUGUGGCGCUCAUGUCGAUGGCUCCUAG